AUGGCUAACCAUGCAUUCGACCUACAGCUUCCCAGCAUGGUUCGAAAGCCCAAGGCUGUGUGGCCUGGCCUUGAGCGAAGGGGCAUGUAUCAAAAGCAGAUAGCUGGUGAUGGCAACUGUCUCUUCGCAUCUCUUUCCGAUCAACUCUACGGCACCCCAAUCCGACACCCUGAGAUCCGUACCAAAAUCGUCGACCACAUGCGAGAACUCCGACCACUAUUCGUCGACUAUGUCCACAAGAAUGAUGUUCAACAGCGACGUACCACACGAUCUGCAGCGGCAGCUUCUCGUCAAGAACCCGGAGACACGUUCGAAGAAUACUUGACACUGAUGUCUCGCGGCGGAACUUACGGCGGAGAACCUGAACUAGUCGCCUUCUGUCAGGUGUACGACCAGGACGUGACUGUUCACCUGCCACGCAUCCAAGACUUUGAUCGAGACUCCCUCUUCUACACGAACGAACACCGAGGCUCCCUCCCUACUUCUGCACCUCCUUUGCACAUCUGCUACGGAGGAGACGAGGUCACACGUGCACACUACGACUCUGCCCGAAGCACAGAUGGGUCCAUCCCAAGGGGCCGAAACAGUCCUACCGUUACGCCUGUUGCUGUCUCUCGCAAACCCAAGGCAGCCUCACCUUUGCCCAGCCCUGCCCAGACCUUUAGUGAUCGAGAAAUCCGAAACAGCCGAUCUGAACUCACAACGCUACUCAUGCAAGAUAUGGUUCAUCAGAAGAACAAGAGGGAGGGUGACAGCGGUGCAGACCGACCUGGGGACAAGUUCCGCGCCAGAAGCCCUUCCGUCACUUCCUCACAACGAAGCUCAAGCUCCAAGAGGUCGCUAGAUGAUGAUGGUGAGCCUAUUCGGUCCAGCAAACGCACCGACAGACGUAAAAGCACGCGUAGACGUGCAGACCUGGCUCUUUUCAUUAGAGACACUGAUAAUGAUCUCUCACCUCGACUGUCCACCGACUCCCCUAAUCCCGACACACCCCCUAGCACUCAAGGCACAGACCCAUGCUCAGAUACCCCUUCAACCGACUAUGACCAUAGCAUCACUUCGGCCACAAAACCUGUCCUGGAAAUCGUACUCAAUGGCUUGGACCAAGCAACUCACAAGGCCAAGCCAUCACACAACCCACAACCUCGGCCACCAAACAACCUGGUCACCACUGGACCAACUCCCCCACACUCAAAUCCAAGGUUGAUGUCGGUCACCGAAAGGCCCAAGUCAAGCUUGCAAGCAUAG